GUCCGUUUUGACAGCGCGCGAGAGAAGGCUGCAUAUAAAAGGCUCUAGUGACCGCUAUACUUUACCUCACAAAAAGAUACGAAAAUGGAAGCCAAGCCGUCAAUUAGAGAAUUCUACAAGGGCAGGAACAUCCUGGUGACGGGCGGAUCUGGCUUCAUGGGCAAGGUGCUCAUUGAGAAGCUGCUGUACACCAUACCCGACAUCGGAAAUGUAUACAUAUUAAUCAGGUCGAAAAGGGGCAAAUCUAUCAAACAGCGCUGGGAGGACAUGCAACGGUCCCCGGUUUUCGAGAGAAUAAAAAAUGAGAAAAAGAGUGCUCUCAAAAAAAUUGUCCCAAUCCAGGGAGAUGUCCUAUACGAGGACUUAGGUGUUUCCAGCAAGGACAUGGAUACCAUGUCCGAAGAGGUAUCGGUGGUGUUCCAUUUUGCCGCGACCUUGAGGUUGGAGUCGCCGCUAAAGGACAGUGUGGCUAUGAACACAGCGGGGACCUUACGCGCUCUGAAUGUUGCCAGGAAGUUUAAGAAGCUGGAUAUGUUUGUGCACUUAUCGACAGCUUUUUGCUAUCCUGAUUAUAGAGUAUUGGAAGAAAAGUUCCAUUCUCCGACCGCGGACCCCCACGACAUCAUGCGCCUGUGCGACUUCCUGGAUGAGAAACAGAUGGCUCUGCUGACGCCGUCUCUGCUCAACCAUCAUCCGAACUCAUACACGUACACCAAACGACUCGCCGAGAGUCUGGUCAUGGACGCGUACCCUGAAUUACCUUGCGUCAUUGCUAGACCCACGAUUGUGUGCCCGUCACUCAAGGAUCCCAUUCCCGGCUGGGUGGACAGCCUCAACGGGCCGGUGGGCGUGAUGCUGGGCGCCGGCAAGGGCGUCAUCAGGACCAUGCUGUGCGACGGCAGUUUGAACGCGCAGGUCAUCCCCGUCGAUAUUUGCAUCAAUGGCCUCAUCGCUCUCGUAAUGAUUGAAGUGAUGAAGAAAACAAAAUCCGAACACAUACCCAUUUACAACUUGAAUGGUGGACACCUAAAACCAACCACAUGGGGAGAAGUAUUAAAUAUAGGGAAGAAGUAUGCCCGGGAAUACCCCUUGGCCUGGCCGCUGUGGUACCCGAACGGGGACAUUACCACCAACUACUUUCUGCACGAAACUAAACGCAUUCUCUUCCAUUUGGGCCCGGCGUAUCUCAUUGAUUUUCUUCUUUUAAUCACUGGACAGAAACGAUUCAUGAUAAGGAUACAAGAUAGAAUAUCCCAAGGGUUGGAAGUGCUGCAAUACUUCACCACGCGAGAGUGGUACUUCCCCUGCCCUAACUAUGACGCCAUCCAUACAAACUUGUCAGACGAAGAGAAUGAGUUAUUCUCAACUUACGUAGACAAUAUAGACAGGGAAGAGUACAUGAUUAACGCAGUGGAAGGCGGACGCCAAUUCUGCCUGAAAGAGGACUUCACGAAAAUCAAGUACAAUAGAAUGUACCAUAACUUCUUGUUCGUGUUGGACAUCAUACUGAAGAUAGUGUUCUGGUGCUUCGUGCUGUCCUUCUUCGUCGCCUGGUUCGAGCCAGUCCGCUAUGUGUUCUCGUUGGGCGAGCCGGUGGUGAAACACCUACCUUUCCUGGGCCCAUUAAUCAAAUCUGACUAAUAUGCAACUAAAGUUCAUUUACAGUACAUAUGGUGAUAUGUAUUUUUUAAAUAAUAAUAAAUAAAUAACUUUACCGCCCUAGGCACAGAAUAAAUAAUAGCACUAGGUACAGUCGCCAUCAGAUAUAUCGGAGCGGCCAAGGUGCUCACAAAUAUCUGAGCACGCCUUUAUUGUCAAGGCGUUACGAGUGCGUGUACCCUAGAGCGACACUAAGGACAACACUUGCCUAUGUCAAAAUUUUUAAGGGCCAUAUGUACUGAAAAACGUACAAUACAGGUGCGAAAAGGUUCGGUCGUGUUAUAAUUUACCGCCACUCGUUGCGAAUUUCCUACUUUUCGCACUUGUAUCGUAAUGUAUACUUAUUAUAAUAUUGAAAUGUUACGACUUUUGUUUUGGGGCGUGAAAUCGUAAGACAUUGUCGUAGGUGAUAAGGAUCAAGGAAAACUGUCUGACACGUUACUACAAGUGUUGAGAAAUGAAAAUUUUGCCUGCGGAUUACAUCAUGUGAAUCAUGUACAGUACGCUUCAGAGUUAACUGACCCCCCCUGCAUAGAACUGCAGCUUACUGUAUAUACUCGUAGCAAAAUAUUUGUUCAUAAGAUUCUCGAAAACGACACCAGGGCAUUCGAUUAUGUUUAUACGAGUACACGGAGGCACUCUAUCGUCAGGUUAUGACUUAGAACAUUGUUAAUGUAUGCUUCCACCAAAUUUUUGAAGCUUCGUUACUACAGUCAGCUGUAGAGAUAGUUAACCCCCUACAACUGCAUACAAACUUCUACGAGUAUGUAGUGGAUAUCAGCUCUUUCUACCUCUAAAGCUGACUGUACCUACUUAUUAUUAUAUGUGACGUCCACGGAAAAAGGUACCUUACGGCGGUUGGCGCUUACAACGCGUAGCAGCUUAAUUCGUAUUGGAGCGUCGUGAAUAACAGCGUACCGCCAUAAGGUAUCUUUUCCUGUGGAACGUCACAUAUACAAAAAUUAUCACGCUUGACUGAAUCAAUUUUGGUCUCAAUACCUACAUAAAACUAUUUGUUCAUUUUAAGAUUGGUUUCACUCAAUAUGAAGACCAAAAGAAAUGGAACUGAAGUUAAUUAGGUAUAUUAGUAAUGUUGUAUGGUUAAGGAAGAGUGUAAAUAUUUUUAAGAAAGUGGGUACUUCCAUUCGGUGCACGUUAUCUACGUAUCAAACCCAUAGAAAAUUAUUUACAAAUGCAAAUAUAUCUGCCCACUCUGUAUAAAUAUGUACAUAGUAUAAUCACUUUCUGAUUCGUUAACACACUAUUAAUCUUUAGGUUCUGUAUAUUUGGUGUAGGUUUUAAAGUUAUACACCUAUAAUCGGCUUCUUAUUAUAAUAUGUUAAUCAAUCAGCUCAUUAGGCCAGUUGGGACAGUUACGCUCAUGGGAUAACUGCGUAUAUUCGCCAAUUACUAGUAUGGCGUCGUAAGAGUUAGAAUCCGUUCUCCGUGGCCGCACUUUCCAUCAUACUGUGUCGCACUAAACCCACACAUCAAACUGUGUUGCCGCAAUAGCCGCAGUUAUCCCAUGAGCGCAUUUGUCCUGAGGAACCUUACAUAUUUAGGAUUAAAACCGCCUUUCACUAUUAUGUUAUGGCCCGGGGCUAAG